AUGACUAUUGGUGCAUCAAACACUACGGGUUAUGCUCGGUUCCUCGGUACAUGUCUUGGGGCCCUUUGUUCGAUAGGCGCCUGGUACAUUACCGGAGGAAAUGCUUUCAGGCUCGCAGUUGUGGGUUUUGUUAUGGCCCUAGGGCCAUUUUAUAUGAUCAUUGUUAAGGGUAAGGGCCCCAUGGGCCGAUUCAUACUACUAACCUACAACCUGUCCGUGCUCUAUGCUUUCUCUUACUCGCAAAUCGAUGGCAGCGAGCAGGACGACGGGGGCGAACAACUAGAUAUUACCAAAAUUGCCCUUCAUAGAGUCAUCUCUGUCAUCUCGGGCUGCAUUUGGGGUAUCAUCAUCACACGAGGUAUCUGGCCCAUUCGCGCGCGGACAAAGCUCAAUGAUACUUUACAUCUGCUGUGGUUCCGUUUAGGCUUGAUUUGGAAAUCCGAUCCAUUGAACACAAUGGCCACGGCAGAAGCAAGCAUGCCUGUUCUCUACAUGAACUCUCAUGACAAGAACGAGAUCGAGCGCCUCCUUUCACAGCUCGAGAAUCUUCAGGUAUCGGCGCGCUCCGAAUUCGAAUUGAAAAGUCCUUUUCCAGAUACCGAAUACAGUAACAUCAUUCGCCAGACAAGGGGCAUUGUAUCCAAUUUUCAUUCUAUGAACCUCAUUCUAGUCAACACCCCUACGCCAUCGGAAGGUCAAAUUUCUCUUCUACGAUAUACUGCCGCUGUUAGACAGCAGCUGUCUGAACGCAUCGGUCACCUGCUAGCUGCCAUGGCAUCGUCAAUAGUGCUGGAGAGUUCCUCCAGCGAUGUUCCAACAAAUAUAAAAGAUUCAAGAGACCGACUUUUGGCACAAAUUUCUCACUAUCGCCAAGGACGAAUGGCGUCUUCUUUGACUGAUGGCGAAGACUAUGUGUUACUCUCCUCCUUCGUACUUGUGACCCAGCUAUUGUCAAAUGAGAUCUCUGAGAUAAUGGUGGAACUGGGUCGCAUCUUCCCAGUCUCGGAUGAUGAAGUCUCUGUUAAUGCAGACAGAGUAUAA